AUGAGCGGUCAGGGCUUGCACCUGCCUCCCUCGAAUACGUCUCUGCGGGAAGAAGAGACGGCGGCCCUUCAAGGGAAUGACAUGGCACUGCGCAUUCAGAUCAAAGGUGACACCAAGCAGCUCAGUGUGAAGUGCAGCAGCGAGGUGGGUUAUGUGAAGCUCUUGUUGGCGCAGCAGCUCAAUGUGGAUGCCAGACGGCUGCGGCUGUACGCAGAGGGCGCUGAUGGCCAGAAGAAACUCCUUAUCGACCCUAUGUCUCUGUGUGACUAUAAGGAGCUCGCCGCAUCCUCGGCUACCCUUUUUGCGGAAAUAGACGAAUGA